CUGGAGAGCAUCAGAUCUUCUGAUUCAGUGGACACCUGAUAAAAAAUGGAAAGAGUUUUAAUUUUGCUGUUACUUUCACUUGCUUUGGCAGAGGCCAGUCCUAGCCAAAAGGGAUUGAUCGUCAAUCUGGAUAAUGGAGAGUUAUGUCUGAACAGUUUCCAGUGCAAAAGCGGCUGUUGCAACAGGCGUACCGGGUUAAGUUUGGCUCGUUGUACACAAAAAGCAGCCGAGAACCAGGAGUGUUCCCACAAGCAUAUAUACGGAGUUUACUACAGGUGUCCCUGUGAGAGUGGCUUAACUUGUGACGCUGACUGGACAAUCGUGGGGGGCAUCACCAACUCAGACUUUGGCAUCUGCCAGGACCCAACGCAAAGCCAUUAAUGAUAUAAAGAGGCUCCUCCACUCCUUCUUAUAGUGAUGCAGCUGUCAUCUCUUGCAGGGCAAAAAUCAUUUCUGACCUUGUGCAUAUUUCACAAGGUCUCCAACAAACCCAGCUGUUAGCAUCAUUCUUGCCUUUUCUGUGUAUGCAUUUGUCCUUUGUUCCUUGAAGAUUCUGUUGUCAGAAUACACAACCAGUUA